AUGGCGACCACUGACUGCCCCAAUCUCGAUUGUUCCAAAACCGAGUCUUUGGGCAGCCUAGUUGCUUUCGAAGGCCACCCCGAUACAAUUUCAACACAGCUGCGGCUUCUUCCUACCUCUCCGCAGAUACUUAUUCUUCCAAGCAUCCACUGCUACCUGCCCACGGAUGACCAGACCAAAGAGUUCGAAGCACAUUCGUAUAUUCAAGAUGUUCAUGAAGCUGUCAAGCUCCGUAACAAUGCCGCCCAAGCCUUUCUUAAAGGUUCGACAUCCUCAAAUAAGCGCCUCGUUUUCAUGAAUGGAGGUACAUCGAGUGCCCAAGCCUUGUGUAUCCGCGCAAUUAUGAGACAUGAGACAAACGGAGAUGAUAUUGAGGCUGAGGCCAAGUUCAACUUCCUGGUGAAGGGAGGCUUGGGAGGUUUAGCCUCACAAGCGGAAAAGUGGAUUAGAGGAGAGUUAUCCGACUCGACAAUCGAGGAGGAAGAAUGGAUUGGCACACCACUGCACGCUGGAAGUGCGCCCGAUUCAGCAUCGAGUGCCUGUCAUUCGUAUGAUUUUGGCCCGUUCGAAGAAGAUCCCAUAACGCGGGCUAUGAGAGCAGCCGAAGCUUUGGACCGCCAAACCGCGAGUCUUCAACCUUCGAACGACUUGGACCUGACAUUUACCCAACGGCCAAGAAGUAUGAGUCUUCCAAUGUACGGCUUCUCCGACAACUUUGGGGAUGCCGCUCCAUUUUAUGUCUUUGGAGCACCGGAUCAACGACGCUCCACCAGCGAGGUUUUCGAUGACGAAGAGGCAAUGGAAGAGGCCCCCAUCUCACCUGUGGCACCAGUAUUUUCUGUCACACAUUACGAUCAGCCUUCACCGACAGCAGUUUUCGAUUCUAUAUAUACGCCGAGCUGUGUUGGUGAAACAUAUAAUUCGAACAUCCUAACACCAACGUUUGGACAGACACUGAAUACAUCGAAAUCGGAAAUUUUUGACAUUCGUUCGACGACAGAUGUGGUAUUCGGAGAAGCUUCAGUCGUUGAUAUGAGAAUGCCAAGUAUUAAAACUGCAGUCACACGAGUGAUGUCGUUGGACAGGAUUUAUCCAUGUAUUUCCACAUACCGAGAUCUGGACAUUUCUUCUGAAGACAUUGCAGAGGAAACUGCUGCCACUGCUCUAUGCCCAAGACCAAGAUCUUGUAUGGUUGUCACUGAUCAAACGGAUUGCCCUCAAAGGCUGGACAUCAUUGAUGGCCCGCGGACUGUCAUACUGAAGCCCCGACAAACGAGCAUUGUCAGCCUUGAACCGGUCCCGUUGAGCAAGAAGCGAAAGGCUAAGCGGCCAUCCUACGUUGAUCGUGGCACUGAUGCUGAACCAAUAACCGCAGCACGGGAGCCGUUUGUACCCGUUUUUAUCUUGGCUGAGGAUCUUGUGGUCUACUUCAAAGAUGAGGUCCCAGAUGCGUUGCUUGAUAACGUGAUCCAAGGUUUCAAGAAUGGAAUUUAUCCCGUUCUCUCUCAAUCUGCCGAGGACUCGGACAGCGAUUCGGUCAACGAUCAGCUCCCAAGUACGCCAAGAUCUUCGUCUGAAUGUACAAGCCAGGAGGGACCUGAGAACACCGCAACAGAACCUUCUGUUGCUUCACCGAUGGUUGAUGUUGACGAGUAUGACCCAUUUGCUUAUUUACAGACUACAUGGACUGUAGAGAAGCAAAGCAAGACUGCGGCGGGAAUUAGGCUUGAGAUACCUCCAACACCCCAAGAAACGUCCACACCAUCGGUGUCUGACAAGAGAGAGAAGUUCACCGACUUUUUGAUCUCAAACAAUCAGAAUGCUGUCUUGGUACAAAAUUCUCUACGUUCCAUUCUGAGCUUCUAUUUUCCACCUGAGACGCAGGGGUACCGACAGUUUUCCUUCUCUUUACUACCGGAAAUGGAGGCUUUAUGGAAGCCAAUUUUCCGCGAAGCCGAACCAGGUAGCCCACGCGCUACUAAACGGAGAAUUGAUCAGAUUUUGGCCAUCGGAUCCCAAAGGAGUGUACUCAAAGAGUAUUCCUCGGCUAUCACUGGCCUUCUGGACAAGCUGGGAUCUAAAAAGAAUGGUGUGAGCCGUAGUGGAAGGCUGGAUUUUAGGUAUCUCCUUGCCAACGCCAUGCAGGCAUACACUGCUCAACCUCUUGCCAAUCAGGCUUCAGAUAACCCAUUCAAUAACUCAUAUCUUCUUGCAACUCUGAUCAUCCCCCAUUUGGAGACGUAUUUGGCCCUCCACACAGAGGUUAGGUACCUUUUGUUGGAGUAUCCGCCAGAACAUCUCUCUACGAUCUUGGCUCUUCAAAAAUUAGUUGGUGUGGAUCUCAUGAAGGUGGCUCAAAUCGUUGAUUCCAAGAGCGGCGAUAUUGGCGCCUUCAAACAUAUUCGUGGGGCAUCUAUCGUCGACGAUACAGACAAGGCCGGUCCAUUGGGGCAUCCAAUUGGAUCGCCAACAGGAGAGUCAACAGAUGUAUCUGUCUCUAAAGCCAACUUUCUUCUCACAUCCAGCGCGAGUGAUGCCGAAAUUGCUACUUUUGUCUCCACUGUCAGGAAGCUCUUGAUUGAAGUGUCCAAAUUCUACAAUCCAGAAGAGUCACAGGUUGCGACGCCUACGAAGAAGCAAGAACAAAAGCCUCGGCCACCACCCCUUACCAGCACAUUUUCUCCCUUUCCUAAGACAACUGGGCCCCAGAGCCCUAAAUCACCAUUGUCAGGGAACUCAUACCCCCUCAUCUCACCCGCAUUAUCGAUGAAAGCUACAUCGGUAGUAGAGACAAUCAAGACAUCAAAGUCUUUCCGAUCCUCAAAAAGCAGAAAAUCGAAGCUCUCAAGAAGAAGACUGCCCGUCGAGGAUGAUGAAGCGUCCGUUUUCACGUAUGAUCCUGCCGAGGACAGCGAUUAUGACUUUGAAGAACGACGAUUGAUGCCCAUCUUUUUGCAAAAGCCCUCGCGGCUGCAAAAGCCAAACAGUCGCAAGGCCCUCAAAUUUCUGGGUCUUGCGUAA